UGUCCACAGAGAGCGAGGGAGAGCGAAAGGGAGAGAGGGAGAGAGCGAGAAACCUUACCCUGUUCAUUACCACACCCAUGUGCACACCGUGGAACGCCUCUGGUUCGUGAGAAAUUUGUGAGAGAGAGAUUCACGUUGGAAGAAUUUCGUGUAUUUGAAGAUCGGAAAGUGUAGAAAAUAAAGUAUAAACAACUGAAGAUGUCCCGUUUGAGUUCGCCGAACCACCCCGCCGCCCGCACCCCCUCCCCCGCCCGCUCGCUCUCCCCCGACGCCCCCCCGGCGAUGCAGGGACAGCUCCUGAGUGCGCAAAGGACCUCGGACUUAUACGAUACCUCUGAGGACGAGGCCGAACUUCAAGGACUAUCAGGCUCGUCCGCGGAAGUCUCGCCCAGUGUAUCUCCAGCCCCGCCCAAAAUCGUCGACUUUGUACCCAAGAAAAUACAGUUUGUUCAGGCCGACGCACAGGGCGAAUGUAACAUACAACCGGAAGGAGGAUCGUCGAAUGCACCAGCCAUCGUGGUUUCGGAUCCCGAUGCUACGGAAGCCAUUCUUGGUGGAAAUGCAGCGGGGUCGAGCGGCACUCUCAAGAUGGCGACGCAGAGACCCAAGUCGCCGCGUCCUUCUCCCAGGAAAGACGAGGCAAAUGAGUCCUUCUGGGACAAAUUCGGGACUCUAGGACGCAAGAAGAAGAUUAAGGAAGUUCAAGAGGUGCAAACAGAAGGGAAAUAUGCCAUCGACUCACCUGGCGCACCUAUGUCGGUUGACAUCCCUCCAGAUGAUUACAACCUGGAUGACAAUGAGGAGAGGUCAAUGAUUGAACCACGGUCAUAUGAGGACCCCAAGCUGAAGGAACUGAUCGGUAUCCUCAUCGAGUGGAUUAAUGAUGAGCUUGCCAACGACCGCAUCAUUGUCAAGCACAUCGAGGAGGACCUGUACGAUGGGAUGGUCUUCCACAAGCUCAUUGAGAAGUUGACAAACAACACCCUAGACGUACAGGAAGUGACUCAAAGUGAGGAAGGCCAGAAGCAGAAAUUGCGUAUUGUCCUCAAUGCUGCCAACCAUAUCUUGGGUCUCAGCCGCUAUGGCCCUCACAAGUGGUCAGUCGAGUCCAUCCACUCCAAAAAUAUUGUCGCAAUUCUCCACCUCCUUGUGGCUUUAGCCCGCCACUUCCGUGCUCCCAUCAGGCUGCCUGAAAAUUGCAUCAUCAAUGUUGUUAUUGUACAAAAACGCGAUGGGCAGCUCAACCACCGGAUUGUGGCAGAAGAGCUGACAGGCACGUACGACGACUUGGGUCUCAGAUGCGAGAGAGAUGCUUUCGACACCUUAUUCGAUCAUGCACCUGACAAGCUUGCCGUUGUUAAGAGGUCUCUUGUAACCUUCGUCAACAAGCAGCUGAAUAAAAUCAACCUGGAAGUGAGUGACCUUGAGACAGAGUUCAAUGACGGUGUGUACCUGUGCCUCCUCAUGGGCCUCCUGGAGGGAUACUUUGUCCCAUUGCACCACUUCUUCUUGACGCCCAAGACAUUUGAUGAGAAGCUGCACAAUGUGUCACAGUCAUUUGAAUUGAUGAUGGAUGCAGGUCUGGCUAAGCCUAAAGCAAGACCUGAGGACAUUGUGAAUGCCGAUCUCAAGUCGACUCUCCGUGUUCUGUACAACCUGUUCACGCGCUACAAGAACACAAACUAAGGAUAACAUUCGCAGGCCCCACCAAUAUCACCUGCUGAAACCCAAGAUGCGACCGUCCUUCUCUUUUCCUCGGGAAAGAAUUAUUUGGGUUUUGGUCAGUGUUCUUUUGUUGAGGAUGCAAUGUACACUGCAAUUAUGUUGUGAAUGGAAGAAAUGAGUAAGUUAAAAACUGAAAUAUGAAGAAAAAAAAUAUCUAAAGAGAAUACAAGUGCCUCAUGGGACUCCUCGGUAUAGCAAUAAAGAAAGGAGAAGUUACUCUUUUUCCCCAAUUAAAAUGAAGAAAUAUAUCUUUUUUGAAAAAAUAAAAUAUACAGAGUUUUCCGUAACUGAAGGAGAUAUAGUAUUUGUUUAAUGGUUUAAGAUGUGUUAAUGUUAUUUUUUUUUUUUUCCAAAGGUGAAGAUGAGAAUAACAUUUGAACUUUGUGGCAACUGCAUGUAAUUAACCCAGGCUUUACUUUGAUUUUUUAUUUUUUUUUUAUUAUUAAUUCUGACUCAUCUUAAUCUAUAUUUAUUUUUCUUAACUGCAAAAUGAAUUCAGUUUUUUCAAAUUAACAACAUUUUAUCUUUCCGAAAUUGGGCAAAGUAUACCGUCUUCUAAUAAGCUUUAAGAGUGUCAGGACUACUUCCUGUUGCAAGGGAUAUUGUAAUGACAAAAUAUUUAAGUUCUUUUCUUCACAUCUACAUUGUUAUCAGCCAUGUAUAAUGUAUUUUUGUAUGCCAUAACUGUUCCUAGUAGUGGUUCCAUAACAGAAUCCUGCAUUUAAUUGUGUGGAGCAUUUAUUAUGUUAGAAUAUUGUGUUCAAUUCUUGAAACUAAAAUCAAUGUGUUCUUUUGGUUAUAGAGCUUUAAGCUUACAAGGUGUUCAUGAAGACAGCUCUAACACUGUCAUCAUAACUCAAAUCCUUCCUGUGUUGAAAAAAAAAAAAAAAAUUGAAUAGCUAUAUUUAUUGGAGAAUGGAAAUAUUACAGUUGUUUGCUUUUGAUAUUAUAAAGAUGAAUUCAUUUUAAAAUCCAAAUUAUACCUAAUGUUAAAUCAAGACAAAGACUGCCGUGUUCAGUUUAAACAGUAUACAAUGAGCUCAUCUUUUUGUCUCCAUUGUUUUUGUGUCAAGUUAUUUGAUCAACCACAAAGUCAUUCUUUAACUGGAAUUAUAUAUGAGAAAUCAGCUGUGCUAAAUUUGUAAAAUAAAGCUUAUCAAUAGGUUUUAGAGAUAAUAUGUUUUCAGAAAUAAAAAAAUGUAAAUAAUUAGACACUGAAGCAUAAAUUAACCUAGCAUACCUGAAAUGUAAAAAAAUAAUAACAUAAAUAUUGAAAAUUCAUAAUGGUGUUCUUGUAUUGUUCAUAGUGGUUGUGAAGAUGUGAGCCCCACUGGUUAAUUUUUUCAAACUGUGUAAUGAAAUGUAACAGUAUUUAAUGUUUUAUUAUUAAGUAUUCUUUUGUGUAUUUUCUACACUGUUUACACAAAUAUGUAAUGUGUUCAGAAUUUAUAGAAAGAUAUGGUGAAUUAUAUGUAACAUGAACUAACCAGAUCAUUUUCUAAAAAAAUUGGUUUUGAGAAGAAUUUCUUUAUUGGAACCAUUGCAUUUUACUCUGUUAAAGCCAUGACAUGUUUUCUGUCAAGAAGAUUCUCAACGUUAAAUACUUGCAAUAUUAAAAUGAACAUUUGUUUUGUGUAUUUCUUUUAAUGUUGAAAUCUGAUAUUAGCUUUUUGUAUGUCCAAAUGAAAAAAGAAAAAAAAAAAAAAAUUGGCUCUUCUGCAAAUUAUAAUUUUUUGACUUCUUGUUCUUGCUACAUUUGUUAAAGCUAAAGAGAAAUAAGUAUGCACAAAAAUAAUUAUAAAUAUCUGUUUUAUGUUUGUUAUUUUUAUAUCAUGGAUUUAUUCAUGUUACUGCCUAUAGGCCCAAUAUCUAGUGCCAAAGUUGUUAGUUUUAAGAUUUUUUUUUUUCUCUCUUACACUGCUAAACCCAAAUUAUAAAAAAAAGCUGCACAAGUUUAGUAAUGUAUUAUAAAACUUACAAAAAAAAAUAAUAACAACAUUCUUCAAACUGGUGCCUUCCUCUGCCUUUUAACAAUAAAAAUCCUUUAACAAA